AUGAGCAUCGAUAACAAACAUAAACUGCUAAAAUGUUUAUUUGAGGCAAACGUUGCAGUUACUUUUCGGCCCCCAAACCGCACAACAAACAUAAGAUCCGAUUCCAAGUGAAAAUGCAACUGCAACUGCAACGGCGACGCUGUCUUUGUCUGACCCAAUGUCAAUGGCCACAAUGCAGCUGCAGUCAAUGGACGUGGAGCAGCUGGAGCUGGAGACGCCGCCGCUGCCCAUACAACCGCCCCCGAACAUCAAUGCCAGCGGCAUUGUCUACGGCUUUCGCACACGCCACUUGUCCUGCAUCGAGGAGAACGAUUCGGAUUCCCUACACGGAUCAUCCAUACCGCGCGCCUACGAUCUGAUGCAGCAGGCAGAUGAAACCUUUCAGAAGCUAAGCGCUGGGCAUGGUUACGCAGCUGAAGAGGAGGAGGACGAAGAGGGCGAAGAUGAGGAGGCGGAGGAGGAAACGGACGAUGAUGAUGCGCUGGACACCAUUGCCAUGAUUGAUGAGUCGCGUUUGUGUGAUGCCGACUAUCUGGACGAGCUGAUUGCCGUGGAGCAAACGCAGACAGAGCUGGCCGACUCUGGCAAUGUGGAGGAGGAGGACUUCUGGCAGCCAAACUUCAAUCGCAACGACAUCAUGAUGACCUCUUGCUAUGGCACCCUGAACAGCUCCUUUGGCAGCGACAUGUCGGCCGUCGCGACGACGCCCAAGAAGGCGCCCGAGCCUCUAUAUGCCACGCCCGAGAAACGUCGCGAGAACAAUCGCAGCUUCGACUCAACCUGCGCCUCGCAGACGAGCUCCAUUUAUGGCGGCUCAAUGAACUCCUCGCUGGAUCUCAAGUAUAUGAUGAGCGUGUCGCUGUGCGCCGCCGGCGCCAAUGGUGGCAUCAACGGCACGAGCACAUUACGUGGCGCCUCAGUGCCACCAAUGGAUCUAUCGCUAAUGUCUAGCGACGGUGUCAGCGCCCUGGACUGGAGCUCCGCCAGCGUGACUUGUGUUCUGGACACUGGGGACGGCAAUCCCGCCGAGGAGCUGGACGAGCAAACUGCAGCCAAGUGCAUAAGUGCAGCUGAGAGCGAUCUUCAAUCGAUUCGACGGCUCUUGGAACACGAUGCCAGCGGCUCGGUCUGCCCCUCGUGCCGCAUCUCCUUCGACAAGGGCAAGCGACGGAAACUGAUCGACACCUGCGGACACGAACGCUGCUAUUCCUGUAUGUUCCGCAACGAUCAGUGCCCCAUGUGCAUGAACAGCUCGCUGAAAGAUGUGGAUGGCGCCAAUGCUCAGGGCUAUGACACCGGCAUCGGGGGCUCCACAUCGACGAUUGUCAGUCCGUUGGGUUCACCCCAGCCGCAGCUGCGAUCCCAUGCGCAGCGGAACGCGGCUCUGGCGCGUUAUAUGCAGCAGCAUCGUCAGGAGUCGCAGUCGCCGGACUAUCAACGUUAUGCGAGCAUUGGCAAAUUGCCCCGUGCGACGGGCAAUGCCAAUGGCAGCAACAGCCAUGGCUUCGCUGGCAACACACACACCGUCACCGUCGACAUACACCAGCACAGUGGGCCGGGCAACAAGCAGCAGCAACAGCAGCAGCAGCAGCAACACACAACUUGCAACAGCAACAAUCUGCACUUGCCGUACUGCGAUCUGAAUGGGGCUCCGGCAUUUGCGACGCCGCCAACGCGUCGGCGUUUCUUCAAUCACAAGAAUCUGCGCAGCGCGCUCACCGGACACCGACGCACUGCCUCCAAUGGCGGCAGUCCGCUGGACACAGCAUCGAUGCUGUCGGGCGAUCAUCAUGCGCAUCAUCAUCAUCAUCACCAUCAUCAUCAUCGUCGCCAGCAUACUGGCAGCGGCAAGGAGUCGAACGCCUUGAAUACCUCCACCUGCUCGGAUUCGGCGGUCACGCGACGUCGUCGCAAGAACUUCAGCAACAACAAUCUGAAGACAUCCGCGGAGCAUGGCGCCAACAGUGAGAAUCGCCUGAAUCGGCUCAGCUUGGCCGGCACCUCGAUCAAAUCUCUAAUCAAAUCCCUGUGGAGCGUCAAUUCGUCGAACUCAAGCGAAGCGGGACUCAAUCAACUAGCAGGCAGCGACACCUUGGGCAUCGAACACCAUCCGCACUCGUUGCUGCAGCAGAAGGAUCAGCUGCGCGCCCGCCUGGGCCUCUUGCUGAACGACAACAACAACGGCAACGGCAACAGCAACACGAACACCAAUACAACCACCAGCAGCAGCAGCAGCAGCAGCAGUGGUGGCGGUGGCGGCGGCGGUGGCGACCACAAUGGCAACUCGACGAUGCAGUCGACCAGCAUCUCGAGCAGCACCGGCGUCAGCACCACGGCGAACAGCAGCAGCGGCAGCUCCUCGCAGCACAUCAGUCCCGAGUCGCAGUUGGCCAGCGUGGGGCUGAGCGGCAGCCAGCUGUCGGUGGCCACCUCGCACAAGGACGACGCGCUGAGCCUGUGCGGCAAAUUCAAGAUGGGCUGCGCCCUGCAGGAACAUCCCUACGAGCCGUUGCCCCUGGCACUGCCCGGCAAGGCGCGCAAGGGCGCCGCCCGGCGUUCCACGCGUGCCCAACAGCUGCCCGCGGGCACGGCAGCUGGAGCAGGAGCAGCUGGAACGGGAGGAGGCGCCGUCAAUAAGCGAGCGGCGGCAGCAGCGGCCCUAGCGGCGGUGCAGCUGGCGCUGAAGCCGCUGUUCUUUGAGGUGCCGCUCCAGGAGCCCGAUCCGCCGUAUGUGGGCCGGCAGUGGCUGGUGCAGCAGCUGGCCAACAUACUGCUGGGCACGGAGACGCGCGUGGUGCUCAUCAAUGGGCAGCCGGGCACGGGCAAGACCGCCUUCUGUCUGCAGCUGGUGGAGUACUCGUGCUUUGGACGGCGCCAGAUGCAGGCGCAGCAGCAGGAGGAUGCGGAUGCCAUCUACAGCCAGCUGAGCGCCCAGAACGAGCGCAUGCGCGGCCUGGCCUCCCACAUGGUCGGCUAUCACUUCUGCCAGUCGGACGCGAAUCUCACCUGCCAGGUGCCGGACUUUGUGCACUCGCUGGCCGCCCAGCUCUGCCAGGCGCCGCAGCUGACCGCGUACCGUGACUAUCUGCUCUCGGAGCCGCAUCUCCAGGACAUACUCAGCGUGCGUGAGUGCAUUGCGGAUGCGGAGCGUGUGAUGCGCCUGGCCAUACUGGAGCCGCUCGCUCAGCUGCAUCGCGCCGGCAAGAUACCCGCCAAGGUGGCCGUCAUACUGGUGGAUGCGCUGUGCGAGGCGGAAUACCAUCGGCCGGAUCAUGGCCAUACCAUAGCCAGCUUCCUGGCCCAAUUGUCGCCGCAUUUUCCCGCCUGGCUCAAGUUGGUCGCCACGGUGCGCACCCAAAUGCUGGAGCUGGUCAAGGCGCCCAGCUACACGCAGCUCACCCUCGACAGCUGGGCCAGCAGCCAGGCCCUGCAGCAGGAUAUGCUGGACUACAUCAAUGCACGCAUCGCCCAUUGUCCGGAGAUUCAGCACAAUAUUGGCGGCCAGUUGGCCCAGUCGCAGGCCAAGUUCGUGUCGCAUCUGCAGUCGCUCAGUCGCGGCUCCAUGCUGUAUGCCAAGCUCAUACUGGAUCUGAUCUCGCGCGGCCAGCUGGUGAUCAAAUCCUCCAGCUACAAGGUGCUGCCCGUCUCGCUGGCCCAGAUCUUUCUGCUGCACUUUAAUUUGCGCUUUCCCACGGCACGCAGCUUUGAACAGACGGCGCCCAUACUCAACGUUUGCCUGGCCGCGCUCUAUCCGCUCACGCUGGACGAGAUCUACUAUAGCAUGGAGGCACUGCAUCAUGGCCAGGAGCCGCUCAGCUGGCCGCAGUUCAUGCAGCGCUUCAAGCUGCUCGACGGCUUCCUCAUCAAGCGGCUGGACAACACGUACAUGUUCUUUCACAGCUCGCUGCGCGAGUGGCUCAUGCGCCGGGAUGAGGGCGAGUCCAGCAAGUUUCUGUGCGACGCCCGGCUGGGCCAUGCGGGCAUCGCCUUCCGGCUCUCCCGCCUGCAGGCGCCGCUGCAGCCGCAGCUGACGCUCGAGCUGGGCCAUCACAUGCUCAAGGCGCAUCUCUAUAGCACCAGCCAGGCGGCGCUCUCGCCGCGUGAUCUGCAAUCCUAUUGGCUGGCCGGCGCCGCCGACAACAUCUCCGCCGCUUUGGGCGCACUGCGCAACGUCUACAGUCCCAACGUGAAGGUGUCCCGGCUGGUGCUGCUCGCCGGCGCCUCGCCGGAUCAUCGCACCGACUACAUGGGCGAUGCCCCCAUUUUGUGCAUUGCCGCCCACGAGGGCAUCCUGCCCAUGGUGAGCCUACUGCUGGAGUUUGGCGCGGAUGUCGGUCUGACCAACAGCCAGGGCUGCACGCCGCUCAUCCUGGCCGCAAUGCGCGGCCACUGUGAUGUGGUGCGCCGCCUGGUUGCCGCCGGCAGCAGCCUGGGACAGCUGGACACGACGCAACGCUGCGCUCUGGUGCAUGCCGCACGCAUGGGCCAUCUCAGUGUGGUGCAGUAUCUGCUGGCCUGCGACUGGUCGCCUCGCCCCCGCUCCCAGGAUGUGGGCCGCUCGCUGGCGCUGCAGCAGGCGCUCAUUGGGGCGGCGGCCCAGGCGCAUGUCAAAAUACUCGAGGAUCUGCUGGAUCUCAACGAGCACGAACUGGACGAUCUCGGCGUCAAUGUGAACGGCCUGGAGCCGAGCAGCGGGGAGCUGGCGCUGACGGCAGCCGCACGACACGGCUGCAUGGAUGCGGUCAACAUUCUGAUGUCGCGUGGAGCCCAAAUCGAUGCACGGAAUCGUCAGGGCUACACGGCCCUCUGGCUGGCCGUCAAGGAGGGCCAUUGGAGCGUGGUCGAGCAGCUGCUGCAGCGCGGCGCAUUGCUGGACGAGCCGCUGGGUCAGGCGCGCAAAACGCCGCUGAUGAUCGCCGCCGAGGAGGGACAUCUGGAGCUGCUGGAGCUGCUGCUAGCACGUGGCGCCACAUUGGAGGCCGAGGAUCAUGAGGGUUUCACUGCGCUCAGCUGGGCGUGUCUGCGCGGCCAUUUGGCAGCGGCCAGGUGCCUCAUUGAGCACGGCUGCAAUCGGCAGCACGAGGAUCACAAGGGACGCACCGCCUUGGAUCUGGCCGCGUAUCAGGGUGCGGCCAGUCUGGUGCUCUAUUUGCUGGAGCAGGGCGCCAAUCUGGAGCACAUCGAUGUGCAUGGCAUGCGGCCGCUGGAUCGUUCCAUUGCCUGCCGCAACAUACAGGCGGUGCAGGUGUUUCUGCGCAAGGGCGCCAAACUGGGACCCACCACCUGGAGCAUGGCCAUGGGCAAGCCGGAGAUUCUGGUGGUGCUGCUCAACAAAUUGCUCGAGGAUGGCAAUGUGCUGUACCGCAAAAAUCGCUUCCAGGACGCCGCCCAUCGCUAUCAGUAUGCGCUGCGCAAGAUCUCCGGCCUGGAGCAGCUGCUCGAGCGGAAUGCCGUAUUUGCCCAGCUGCGCACAAAUCUGCUGCUGAAUCUGUCGCGCUGCAAGCGAAAACUGAAUGAACUUGACGCCUCCAUAGAUUUGGCCACGCAAGCCAUACUGCAGAAGCCGCACAGCUACGAGGGCUACUAUGCCCGGGCCAAGGCGCGCAUGGAGCUGGGCGCACUAAACGAGGCGCUUGUCGAUGCCAACGAGGCCAUGCAACAGGCGGCCCAGAGUGGAGUCCUUUGUGAGGUUGUGGAAGUCCUGAAGCGUAUCCAAGCCGAGCUCCUCACACGAAUCACCAGCGAAGAUCAAUGUGCUGGCAAGCUGGCCAGCGCCGGAGUCGGCGUUGGAGUCGGAAACGGAAUCGGAAUCGGAACCGGAGCCGGCGCUAGUGCCGUCUACGAAUCUCAGCAGGAGAUGACCGAUUUGACUAGCUCUUAACUGUGUUUCUAUUUAUUGCCUUUGGAAAUUUGAUUAAUUUAAAAAAUUAAUUUGUAUUCUUUCUUUUUCUUUACGCAUGUAAAAAAUAGUUGUAAUAAAUAUACAUUAAGUCUA